AUGGACCCAGCUGAUAUCGUCGCUCAAGAAGAGCGCAAAAAGUCCCUGUACAGAAAUAGGUGGCGAACUGUGCUACACAAUCCCAAGCUCAUGGUCAUUGCCUUCUUCGCCUCAUUCGGUGGCUUUGAAUAUGGCUACCAACAGGGCGUCCUCGGCCAGUCCCUCGUCAUGUACCGCUUCAAGGACAACUUCCCCUCCGUCGUCGACUCCUCCAGCGCCACUGGCUGGUUGACCUCCGUGCUGCAGCUGGGCGGUAUUGUUGGUUCAAUCUCUGCAGGUAUUCUCGGCGAGAUCUUUAGUCGAAAGUAUACUAUGUUUAUGGCCUGUUGCUGGGUCGUGCUCGGAAGUUAUCUUUAUGUUGGCGCUUCGUACCAUAAUCCGGCGCUUCUGUACGCUGCGCGGUUCUUCACUGGUGUCGGUGUUGGCACGUUUAGUGGUGUUGGCCCCCUUUACAACGCGGAACUGGCAUCAUCUGAGCUUCGUGGCUUCUUGGUGUCUUUCUAUCAGCUAGCCACCAUCCUCGGCAUCUGCAUCAGUUUCUGGGUCGGCUACGGCGCCAACCACAUCGGCGGCAUCGGAUCAGCGCAAUCAAACCUCGCCUGGCAACUCCCAUCCAUAAUCCAAGGCAUCCCCGCCGCAAUCCUGAUGGUUGGAAUCUGGUGGCUCCCCUUCUCACCGCGCUGGCUCGUAAAGAAAGGCCGCGACGACGAAGCCAUGCAGACACUCUCCUACCUCCGCAAACUGCCGAUCGACCACCCGCUCGUCGAGAUCGAGUACAAGGAGAUUAAAGCUGAAUGUCUAUUUGAGCAGCGGGCGUUCGCCAAGGCCUUCCCGCAGCUUGCCGAGAAGGAGAAGCAGAGUGUCCUCAUGCGCGAGUUCGCGCAGUACUAUAAUAUCCUCCGCAAGUGGGAUGCGUUUAAGCGUGUUGCCACUGCGUGGUUGGUCAUGUUCUUUCAGCAGUGGAGUGGGAUUGAUGCGAUCAUUUACUAUGCUUCGAAUGUGUUUGAGGACCUGGGGUUGACGGGUGGCACGACUGCACUGCUCGCUACGGGGGUCACAGGCGUCGUCUUCCUCGUGUGCACCAUUCCAGCCAUGUUUGUCAUUGACAAAUUCGGUCGCAAGCCCAUGCUUAUUGCUGGGUCGGUUGCCAUGUGGAUCUUUAUGGUCAUCCCUGCCAUCAUUGUGGCCAAGUUGGGGCAUGACUGGCCUGCUCACCGGGCCGGUGGAUGGGCGGCCGUGGUCUCAAUUUGGCUCUACACCGGGGCUUUUGGAGCUACUUGGGGACCGAUUUCUUGGGUAUAUAUCUCCGAAAUCUUCCCUCAAUCCAUCCGAUCAAAGGGCGCGGCGUUUGGUGCAUCAAGUAACUGGGUCAACAACUUUGCCGUUGCCUUCUUCGUCCCACCGAUGUUUGAAACCUGGGCCUGGGGAACCUACAUCUUCUUCGCCGUCUUCCUAGCGGCUGGCAUCGUCUGGGUGUGGUUCUAUCUCCCCGAGACCAAGGGCGCGUCGCUGGAGGAGAUGGAUCGCGUUUUCGGCAGCCGGGCGGGUGAGGAGGAUGCGAUUAUGCUGGCGCAGGCAAGGGCAGAUGUCGGGCUUGAUCAGGGCGUUGAGCAGGCGGCUGAGAAGGCGGCGUUGGGGAGUGAGCAUGUUGCGGAUGGUAGGAGGGCGAGUCGUGUGUCUCAGGCGUGAAGCAUGGUGGGCUCUGCAUGCGAGGGAGACAGGGAUGAUGACUACGGUGAAGGCUGCAUGACCUACUCGUUCUUCAGAGGCUUAUAUAUAGUA